UCUCACAGCCUCGUUCCAGGGUUGAGAUAUGACUCAAGCUGCAAAAAAUGCUGGCAGAUUUGUUUUCCUCUCCUUUCCCCGACGGGCGUUUUGUACCCUGAGAGGGUGGGCUGUGCUGGGAAAGGAUCCCAUCAGAGAAACACAGUAUGCUUGUUUGCGGGAGAGGAGGACGGGAAGGGAGGGGGGCUACGAUUUUUCCUGGAGGUGGUUGCUGAGCGCCCCUUCCCCGAGCCUCACCGCGGAACCAGGCCUCGGCCAAAGCGCCUGCGUCGCCCGCCAGCCAAAAUCCCCCGUAUUUAUGACAUUCCUGGCCUGCAUAAAAGGGCUGGAAGAGGAUCAAGAAUCCAGGAAUUGCAACACAUUUGUCCAUUUAAGCCCUGCUCUUCCCUCGCCUUUAAUGAGGCCUUUGUUCUCCUGGGCCGGAGACCGAAAGUCCAGUUAUUCUCGGGCGGAAUAAAGGGGCAGAUUCCAGGGGACGCGGCAGCCCCCAUCCCGCUUGGAAAGGAAAGCAGCCUGGCCGGGGAGGAGGGAGCCUGUCUUUGGGGACCUCCUCCCCCCCCCCCCGAUGCUCCCUUGAGACCCUCGGCGUCUGCUCAACUUUCCGAAGGGCGUCACCAGGCGCCUCUCCUCUCCUCGGCUGCCCAAGGGACUCCCGAGAGCGGAAAGCUGAUGGCGAGAGAUGGAACCGAAACCUGCCGUGGCAACCCGGGGGCUGCAGGGAUCCAGGUGCCCCCAUGCAGCCUGGAAGAUGAUGAGGUUUUCCUGGGCACCGAGGCGAGGCCCAGUGCCGCCCAAGCGGGUCCCUUCCGCCACUGCAGCGUGGAGGAGCUUUACGAACUGCUGGAGACGCUGGGCAGCGGACACUUCGGGGUGGUCCGGCGUUGCCAGGAACGGAGCACUGGCGUCUUCUACGCGGCCAAAUCCAUCAAGGUGCGGAAGCGCAAGGGCAGCCGGCUGGGGCUGGACCGGGAGCAGGUGGAGCGUGAGGUCUGCAUCCUGCAGCAGCUGCAGCACCCCAACAUUAUGCACCUCUACGACGUCUUUGCCAACCAGUCCGAGAUGGUGCUGAUCCUGGAGCUCAUCCUGGGAGGUGAACUCUUUGAUUUCAUUGCGGAGAAAGAGCUGCUCUCCGAGGACGAAGCCAUCGAGUUCCUGCAGCAGAUCCUGCUGGGCUUGGCCUACAUGCACGCCCUCCGGGUCGCUCACUUUGACCUCAAGCCGGAGAACAUCAUGUUGCUGGCGAAGGAGGCCCCGAACCCCAAGAUCAAGAUCAUCGAUUUUGGGCUGGCCCAGAAGCUGGAGGAAGGGGUGGUCUACAAAAGUCUCUGUGGGACCCCCCAGUACAUCGCUCCUGAAGUGAUCAACUACGAGGCCCUGAGCACAGCCACAGACAUGUGGAGCAUUGGGGUGAUCACCUACAUCUUGCUGAGCGGGAUGUCCCCAUUCCAGGGGGAGACGGAUGAGGAGACCCUCUCCAACGUGGUCUCCGGGAAUUACGAGUUCGAGGCCAAGUAUUUCAGCCAAACCUCGGAGAUGGCCAAGGAUUUCAUCCAGAAACUCCUGCUGAAGGAGCCCAGGGACCGAAUGACGGCCACUGAGUGUCUCCUUCAUCCCUGGAUCAAGCCCCUCACCCGGAAGCAGGCCAUGAACCGGAGCCGUUCCUCCAUCAACAUGAAAAACUUCCGUAAAUUCAACGCUCGCCGGAAGUGGAAGCUGUCCUUCCACAUGGUCUCGGCCUGCAACCGUCUCUGCCGCCUGCGGCUCCUGUGCCAGCAGCAGAAGCCGGACAAGGAGGCCAUGGCCCUGCGGGACUGCGAGAGCGACCAGGAAGACCAGCCCUGCAGCCCGGGAGUCUUGCUCCGCAGGCGUCGAAGCAUCUGCUCCUGAGUUCAGCCAGCCUCCGUCCUUCUGCCCAUGCUCAGAGGCCAGGGCGACCACGUGGGAGGAAAGACCCCUCCCGGAAGGAGGCAGCGCUUGGCUCUUCUGAGUGGCCAGAAAUGGGAGGCUGCUCAGCGCAGAGAGGGUGGGGUCCUUCCCUGUCCCACCAGCUGCUCUGGGGGGGCAGCCUCAGUGGGGUCCUGGAGGGGAAUGGAGACGGGGGUCCUGGGGGUCUCUGCUCUCCUUGACUCUGGGGUUGUGGGGAAAGGCCCUUUUCAUGCAGUGGGGAGGGCCCCUUGCUGCUCCCCCCACCCCACCAAACCCCCGGGCUCCCCCUGCAUUGUUUGGAGAACCGUCCUCAAGCGUCUGACCAAGAGCAGCCGGGAGCGACGGCCUGGCCGACUGUAACUUUUAAAAAAAAUAUAUACAUGUAUUUGUCAAAAGGGGAAAAGCCCCA